CAUUGUGGAAGAAUUUCGGUUUCAUAAGAUCAGCAUAGAAAUAACAAUCUGCGGAGAAGAAUAAGUGGAAGAAAUAAUAAGAUUUUUACAACAAACAACACCAGAAUAUUUCAGAUGUCAAUCUGGAAUCGGGUUAUCUUUUUCGUGGCGUUUUUAUUUCUUGUUGGACGUCUGAAUGCUAGCAUUGGUGAUUCCAAUCCACUUUACAGGUCAUGCCUAGAGCAGUGUGAAGAGACUGGAUGUAUUGGGGACAGAUGCUUUCAGGAUUGUCUAUCGUCUGACAUCGGGUCUAAUAAUGGUUCAGAAUCCGUACAGAAACCAUUUUACAUGCAGUUUAUACAGUGGGAUUGCCAGAGCGAGUGCAGGCAUCACUGUAUGCUUGAAAGGGAAAGAGACAAUGAGAUGCUUGGCCUUGGACCGGUUAAGUAUCAUGGCAAAUGGCCCUUUAGGCGAGUCCUUCGGAUUCAGGAACCUAUAUCUGUGGUAUUCUCUGUUUGCAAUCUUGCCAUGCAUUAUCUAGGAUGGAUUUCAUUUUGCUCCCUUUUAUACACCAAGUUACCUUUAAGGCCUAAAGAUAGAAAACCAUACUAUGAAUACUCUUUGUUAUGGCAUGCGUACGCAAUCUUGGCAAUGAACUCUUGGUUUUGGAGUGCUGUGUUCCAUAUGCGUGAUCUGGAUCUAACAGAGAAGCUAGACUACUCAUCCGUCGUGGCAUUACUUGGAUUCAGUCUCAUUGUUGCCAUCUUACGAACUUUUAGUGUGAGGGAUGAAGCAUCUAGAGUCAUGGUUGCUGCUCCUCUGAUCGCAUUUGUGACUACCCAUAUAUUAUAUCUGAACUUCUAUAAAUUUGACUAUGGGUUGAACAUGAAAGUAUGUCUUUUGAUGGGUGUGGCACAACUUCUUUUAUGGGCUAUUUGGGGUGGUCUCAGUCGUCAUCCAUCACGAGGAAAGUUGUUGACUGUCGUUGUAGGAACUUCUCUGGCAAUGCUCUUGGAAAUCUAUGAUUUCCCUCCAUACAAAGGAUAUAUUGAUGCACACGCUCUUUGGCAUGCUACCACCAUUCCCCUUACCUACCUAUGGUGGAGUUUCAUAAAAGACGAUGCCCAAUUCAGGACUUCGAACCUCACGAAAAAGGUAAAGUAAAAAAAAGGCUUAAAUUUCUGAUGCUACACACUGGCGAACUUAGGUAAUUUCACCCCCGUUGUAAAUUUGUGAGAAGAACCUCUUCUUUCUUGCAAGUUUUGUUCAAAUUGUCGUUAAGUAUCUGCUUUUGAGUAUAUAAUCUUAUUAGUCUUGCUUAGAACCAUUCAACACGAUUCUUUUUUCUGCUUGCCAACCUUCGAUCUGAUCAUUUGGACUAAGCAAUAAGUCCAGGUCUCAAAAAAUUUAAAACUGAAAUAGUCAGAAACAAACACUUUUGUGAAUUUAUAACUAUAAUCUCUUAUAGUCUUAUAUAAAUAUAUGAAUGAUAUCUCUGUUUAAAUGAAAAGGGAGAAGCUAGUUAUUGAGUUGAGUUAUAUAUAUAAUUUACAUGAUUUGUGGGGAUUACUUGAUAGCAUAGGGACAUGUCGACAUGUCGGAACACUUAUAUGCUUAUAAUAUUCAGAGAAAGCUGAUAUUGUCUCGUCAGUUAUGUCUAAUCCUUUCUCUAAAAUCUUUUACCUUCAGUUGUUUUAUUUAGUCCAGAAUUAUUGUACUAAAAUAUGAUUGAGAUCAUGGAUUGCUUAAUAUUAUUAUUAUCA